GCGAGCGAGGGUGUCAGUGCUGAGCGGGGAGUGAGGACGUGAGGUACCGCUGAGCAGGCCGCUGACGGGACCAUGACGGACGAACAGCAACAGCAGGAUGAGGAGAACAACCCUGGGGCGGGGGAUAUGAAGACCGCGUUCGCCACUGGGCAGCGCGGCAGGAAGGGCGCCCUCAAGAAGAAAAACGUCUUCAUCAUCAACGAUCACAAGUUCAUCCCCAGGUUCUUCAAGCAGCCAACCUUCUGUAGCCACUGCAAGGACUUCAUCUGGGGGUUCGGCAAGCAGGGUUACCAGUGUCAAAUCUGCAGUUUCGUGGUCCACAAGAGAUGCCACGAGUUCGUCACAUUCAAGUGCCCUGGGAAGGACAAGGGUGCCGAUUCUGACCAAACCGAUCAUUUGAACCAUGCGUGGGAGGAGGCAACCUACACCACGCCCACCUUCUGCGACCACUGCGGCUCCAUGAUGCACGGCGUACGCGGCCAGGGCAUGAAGUGCAAGACGUGCAACAUGAACGUCCACAAGCGGUGCACGGAGAGCGUUCCAAACCUCUGCGGAUGCGACCACACGGAGCGACGCGGACGAGUGGAGAUCAAGAUUACCUGCGUGGGCAACAAGCUGACCGUCGAGAUUCUGAGCGCCAAGAACCUGAUUCCCAUGGACCCUAACGGCCUGUCCGAUCCCUACAUCAAACUCAAGCUCAUCCCGGGCACCGACAACAUGAAGAUGAAAACCAAGACCAUCAAGGCGACCCUCAACCCUGUAUGGAACGAGACCCUGACCUGCGAACUUAAGCCUGAGGAUAAGGACCGUCGGCUGCUGGUGGAGUGCUGGGAUUGGGACAGGACCUCGAGGAACGACUUCAUGGGUUCAAUGUCCUUCGGUAUCAGUGAGAUCAUCAAGUCUCCGGUCAUCGGCUGGUACAAGUUUCUGACGGAGGAGGAGGGCGAGUACUACAACGUACCCUGCCCUCCCGAAGGCGCGGACAUCACGGUGCUCAAGGAGAAGUUCAGGAAGACAUCAAUCACCAAGAAGACCGCUUCCGCCACAGACAACCACAUACCACAUAACAUGAACAAAAGGGACAUCAUACGCGCUACGGACUUCAACUAUCUCAUGGUGCUCGGGAAGGGGUCGUUUGGCAAGGUCCUGCUGGCCGAACGAAAGGGCACGGAUGAGUUGUACGCCAUCAAGAUUCUGAAGAAGGACAUCAUUAUCCAGGACGACGAUGUAGAAUGCACCAUGAUCGAGAAGAGGGUCCUGGCGCUGGCAAAUAAGCCGCCAUUCCUUGUGCAACUCCAUUCCUGCUUCCAGACUAUGGACCGGCUGUACUUCGUCAUGGAAUACGUGAAUGGCGGUGACCUCAUGUUCCAAAUUCAACAGUGCGGAAAAUUCAAGGAACCCGUCGCUGUGUUUUACGCAGCAGAGAUCGCCAUCGGACUGUUCUAUCUCCACUCGCGAAGCAUCGUCUACCGCGACCUCAAGCUGGACAACGUUCUGCUCGACCAGGACGGCCACAUCAAGAUCGCUGACUUCGGGAUGUGCAAGGAGGGCAUCUCGGGCGACAGGACCACCAAGACCUUCUGCGGAACGCCUGACUAUAUCGCCCCUGAGAUCAUCCUGUACCAGCCAUACGGGAAGAGCGUGGACUGGUGGGCAUAUGGUGUCCUGCUGUACGAGAUGCUGGUCGGUCAGCCUCCCUUCGACGGUGAGGAUGAGGAGGAGCUGUUCGCGGCCAUCACCGACCACAACGUCUCCUACCCCAAGAGCCUCUCCAAGGAGUCAAAGGAGUGCUGCAAGGGAUUCCUGACCAAGCAGCCCCUGAAGCGUUUGGGGUGCGGCGCAAAGGGCGAGGAGGACGUACGAACACACCCAUUCUUCCGGCGGAUCGACUGGGAGAAGCUCGAAAACAGGGAGGUCCAGCCACCCUUCAAGCCCAAGAUCGGCAAUCCGCGGCUGGGCGAAAACUUUGACCCCGUGUUCCGUAACGCCCGCCUGGAGUUCUCCCCGACGGACAAGAAGAUUAUGGAGCACCUGGACCCUGACGCCUUCCACGCCUUCACCUACACCAACCCGUUCUACAUCCCGGACUGCGGAGAAAGACGCUUCCACAAUGAGGACUAGAUGGGCCGCG